UUCCAAAACCCGCACGAGCCCUUCAUAAGCCGGCGGCAGAAACGAGCAGCCGCCUACACCACCUGCCCACCGAAAAGACGAGAGGCUGCGAGAACGAGCGCCGUGAAGAACCGAGAGCCCCCGGAGAUGUCGGCGGAGGAGCUGCGGCUGGAGCUGGACGAGCUGAGGCACCUCGAGGGCCUCGCCAAGCGCCCCCGCGUCCAGUCGCUCCUCGCCAACGAGAUCCGCAACGUUGAAGCCAAGUUGGCGAAGGCAACUGCACCAGCGCCCGAGCCGCAGGCGGCGCCUGCGCCUGCACGUCCUGGUUUGAACUACGUCACGUUGGGGUCGUUCAGCUGGGAUCAGGACAAUGAGAAGAUCAGGAUUUAUAUUUUCCUGGAGGGGGUUGAGCAAGAGAAGGUGGAGACUAUUUUUAAGCCAAUGUCAGUGGAUAUAAAGUUUCACGAUGUUAACGGCAAGAAUUAUCGGUGUGCCAUACCAAAGUUGAACAAGGAAAUUGUUCCUGAGAAAUGUAAGGUUGUGGUGAAGCCUACAAAGGUUGUUGUUACCCUCUGCAAAGCUUCUAAAGGCAACUGGCUAGACCUGCACUUCAAGGAAGACAAGUUCAAGCCAAGCAUGGACAAGGAGAAGGAUCCGAUGUCUGGAAUCAUGGACUUAAUGAAGAACAUGUACGAGGAAGGCGACGAGGAUAUGAAGCGCACAAUAGCCAAAGCUUGGUCCGACGCCAGAUCUGGGAAAACGACUGAUUCAUUGAGUGGAUUGCGUUGAGAUGGUAUACGCGGUUGAUGGAGACUGCGCUAGCCCCUGCAGUGUGUUUUGAUGGUUGAAACAGCGAUUACAGUGUGUUGUAGGUGCUAUUGCUGGAUUGUCAUAUUUCUGAAGGUUGACAACUUGACAUGCCAGAUAUAUUUAAGUAUCUCCUUUUGAACGAGGAAAAGUUGUGUGAAA